UAACACAAGUGUGUCUAGUUACACAAAAUCUCUCGGCGUGUACGCGACAGUUCGUAAGCUAAUUCAUUAUCACAAUAAUGGAGGCGGCCAGAGGUAAUGAUACACGGUCGUCGACGGCGACGCUGCUGCAGCUGCUGCUGACCCUGUCGUCGCCGGCAGCGGCGAGCAGGGCCAUCGCCAAGAAUAAGCGGGUGCGGAUGCCGGCCGAGCACGGCGGGGAGUUCAAGUGCCGGACGUGCGGCCGCCGGUUCGCCACGUUCCAGGCGCUGGGCGGCCACCGGACCAGCCACAAGCGGCCGCGGGUGCGCGCCCAUGGCCUAGACCUUCUGCUCGGCGCGCGCCCAGGUAAGGCGAGGGGGCCCGUGGAGCACCGGUGUGGCACUUGUGGCCAGACGUUCCCGACGGGGCAGGCCCUCGGUGGGCACAUGCGCCGCCACAGGCCCUUGUCGUCCGUAGGCGCCGCCGCGGCCGCCUCUUCGAAGUGGACGGAGGCGGACACAUCAUCGUCGUCGACGUCCGACUUGUCUUUCCAGCCUGAUGAGGACGCAUUUCCUACCUUUUUCGAGUUUAUAUGAGGGAUUAGCAGCACUGUCUGAUAGGCUUGGGAUUGGUUCGUUUCAAGUGGUUUGCUCUACGCUUGAGGAACGCACUUGCGUGCAUAUCGCAUGCAUGCGCACGCACACACACCUUACUUUGUCAAUAUAAUGGGUAGUGUGGUGAUCUAUUGUACAUGGCAAAUAUGUGUAAAUGUGUGCUAUACAGCCAGUGGUGAAGUGAACGAAUGCGCCACAAGUUUCAUUUUCUUUAAAAAAAAUUGUAUUUUGAGAACGCACAAAAAAGGAUAAAUUACAAGUGCAAAAACGAGUUGCUUUUUUUUUUCCUUUUUUUUUCACAGCCAGAAAUUUG